GACAUGAUGUGAAUUUCACAUGCUGUAUUUAGAGUCUUUUUAAGCAGAAAGUUUCAUAGAUGGUGAUAGUAGAUGGUUUUUUGUCCUUUCAACCUUUGGUGUUAUUUAAAGUGGUCGUCUAAGAGGACUUAAGAUAUAUUCCAGUGAAGCAGAUACUGACUGCAUGCUUUGGGAUUUUCUGCUUUUUGAAGUUUGAUGUUUAGUUAAUGUAGCUGUAUAUUCCUGAAGUGUACGUUUUUGUUGUUAAUUUUCCAAACAUUUCUAUACUUCUUUUCAGAGGUUCAUGUGUUCAGAGUUGCAUGCAUUCAUUAGAGAACCCGUCUGCAUCCUUUCAUAUGACGCUGAAUUUAGAUGUGUUGAAGCUAAAAAGACAAAUUUAUAAUUUUGUGGCAAUAUUAUAACACACUUCUCUUCAGACACUAUCAUGUCAAGCUGAUCACAGCUGGCAGAUCUGUCUCAGGAUAGAUAGGAGAGAGAGGUAGUGGUGAUGUGUUUAGGUCUUGCUCAGUGGGUUUGUUCAAACAGGGGAUGUAGAGAGUGAGGUAAAACUUUUCCCCAAAAGUUACAUACAUACGUGAUAUUACUCAUGUUAAAAUGAUAAAAUGUCACAAUGGAUAUGACUUGAACCUGCAUUUGAGUGUUUGGGCUGACGUUCCUGUGAGCCAAGUAUUCCCUGUGUCUCUGGCUUUCAAAGAAAUGUCUUGGUGUAAUACUGCCUGUGUGGUAUUUUACUUUGGGAUGCUUUCUGCUUUCGAAGCAACCGGAGCUCAGACGAGCAUGGCUGUGCAGCCUGUUAACUGCUCUCCUCCAGCCAAAAAUGGUGUUUGCAGACCACAUCUGACUCUACCGAGACCCUGAACAGCCGGGAGUGAUGGGAAUGAUUCACUCAGCUGAGAAAUUGCUUACUUAGUUUCAUCUCCUUCUGUUUUUUGCCUCCUGCUCUUUUUCAGUACUUCUUACUGCAUAGGUUCAGAAACACAUACACAUAAAUACAUGCUUUCUCAUGCAGACACACAUGAGCAUGAAUGCGUGAGUCAGAGGAAGUGAGAGGGUGUUAGGCUGUCUCUCAGAGUUGUCUGUACCUCAACCCAACAUACGCACAGUUCAUACGUAGGUAGGUUCCCUGAUCUUUACAGAAUUAAGUCACCACGAGUCUUUGCCAUAACACCGAUUUUACCAGCCUGCGUCACAUGUUUGUUAAAGUGAGAGGUGAGAUAAACCACAACUGCUUCACAUCUGCUACUUAAGGAGAAAUGAUUGCAUAAGUCAGUCAGCAGUGUUGUGUACUAUAAAUACAAAAUGAUUGAUAAACUGAUUAAAUUGGAAAAGUCAGAUGAUAAAGGUGACACUUCAUCAUUUCAUUUUAAUCAUUUGCUGGAAAUCAUGAUUCAUUUUAGUUGAAGUUAGGGGUUGUUAAAUUUAAAAAAAACACUGCGGGGAAGUGACUAAAUUCAUUUCAUUUCAAGAUAUCGCACUGAUGACUUUUUCUCUACAGCCAAUAUUUGUUUGCAUGUUUUCAUUUUUAGCACAGAAAGAAGGUUUGAAAGGUUUAAGCCUCUAGUCAAGUUGUAGGUUCUGUCACUGCAGGGAUACAGGGUCAAUGCUUUCUGAAAACAGAACAAGCUGCCCUAAAGCACACUGAGUAUAGUGUGCCCACUAGUGGCUCAAAGGCACAACUUCAAUAUGAAGUACCCCAGGUGAAAAAAGCUGUUGCUUUAAUAUAAAUAAUUUAUACAAGAAAGAAGCUGGAGUUAUGUCCAUGUCUUAUUUGACAUUUUAGGCCAUUUUAAGCAUUUCUAACUCUGGCAACAAAAAAAACAGAAUCUAACAGAGAAAGUUAAAAAAAAAAAAAAAGGUGUUAUAUUUUGUCAGUAUUAUUUCUAAAAAGGUUAUAUACUUAUCCUAAAAAAAAAGUCAUUAUUGUCAUGUUUACAGUCACAUCAAAUAAUCAAUACACAGCACAAGAAUCAGUAUAGAAAAAGAAAUUAAAUAAAGUGCAAUGCCUGGUCAGAUAAUAGAGGCAUGUUGCUGUGAGUGCAGAGGAGUCUCGUGUCAGAGGGAGACUCCGUGUCUGCCUUCCUGCCUACCUGUCCGCCUGGCUGCCCUCCACAGUGAGCUGUCCGAUGGGAUCACGUCUGAAUGGAGGAGGCUCAGCGUUAUGUUUUUUUCCCCCCUCUCUCUCACAAUAAAAUGCCACAGGCUCCAUUCACCUUCUCUGCCUCUGUCACAGCAGCUCUCUGCUGAAUCAAGCCAACCCCCUGCAAGCAGAGAGAGAGUGAGAAAGAGGGAGAGGGAUGGGUGAGUGGGAGAGUAAAAGGUUAGGAGAGGGAGAUAUGGAGCUAAAAGAGGGAGAACAUGAGGGUAGGAACCAAGUAAAUGAAAAUGGAGCAAAAGAGAGAGGAUGUGGAAAAGAAAACUAGAGAGAAAUAAAAAGGAAAAAGAGGACAGGGUAGAAAAAAAGAGAAUGAGACAGACACCCUGAGCAUAAUAAGAAGCGAAUCGGUAAAAUAAUAUAGUAUAUAUUAUAUGUAGAGUAUACAGUGUGUCGGUAUGUGAGGAAGAGAUACCCACAGAGCUCUAAGAGGCUAAUCUUCCUUCAGUGUCAUGGUGUCAGUAGGAGGUUAAGAGGUUUCCCUUCUGCCCCUGAAAGAACAAUAAAAACGUGGCAAACACAAACUGCCAAUAACAUACAAAAAAAAUACGAACACGAGUGUGUAAAACAUUCAUGUGACAUGUCACCAUCAACUGUGCUUAACUGCAGAUAAUAGCGUUUGUAGGCUGCUGCAUUCGUGUGUGUGUGUGUGUGCAUGUCCGCUGAGGCAUUUCUUUCAGCCUCUGGGGAAGCAUAGCUCUUCAACACAUUGCAGAGAGACAUCCCCCGCUGUUAUUUCUGGUUUCUUUAUAUAUUAUGCAGUGAGCUAUUAUAUAAAGAGCUGCCUCCUCUCUUUCUCUUUUUUAAAAUGUUUUUCUCUUUUCUUGCGUCUUGCCUCCCUGCUUCUGGUUCUUUCCCUCAGUGGGAGGAUAAUCCAGAAUCCUCUCGGGGGAAACUUUGAUCUCCCCCUCAUCUUUCCAAACUCGUACACACACACACACACACACACAUAUAUAUUGGGGCUGAAUGGUUCUUGGGAAUGGGAACUUCUGUUUACAGUUUCUCACGGAUUGGCUGUGACGAGAACUGUAGAUAUUUUCUUAUUAGGGAGGCAUUGUAGCUCGAGGGUUUCACCGACAGGAGUCAUGACAAAAUUGACAAAAGCACGAACUCGCCUCGAAAUUGGCCAGUGGUGCUGAUGUAACAGUAUAUUCCAGUCAGGUGGCCCUAGCCUUGUACACUGCAGCAGUAUCAACACCUGCUCCAAGGACAGCCCAUUGAUUCUGCCAGCGAGGCAGGCAGACAGAGAGAUUGAUGACUGUGUUGGCAAGUGGCAGCCGGGAGAGAAAUUGACAUGUAAGUGGUGGAGAGUGAGGGAGAAAUGGAGCAGGGGGGAAGGGGAGCGACUUUGAGUCUGUGCAUUGGUGGAUGCGAGCAAAGGCGAUGCGUGUGGUGUGUCCUUGUGACAGCUCAGCAGCUACACCACAUGUCUGCCUGGGAAGGAAAAAGGGAAGCCUCUCUUCUCUCCUCCUCUCCUCUCCCUCUCUCCUUUCAAAACAGCCUCACACUGGCUGACUGAUGCUGUUGCCAUGGCGUUGGGGUGUUCUGGUAAUUGGCGUACACACAAACACACACACACUUACUCACAGGCAGAGAGAGAAACCGUGGGCUGAUGUCACCUAAAUUGGGGAAGGAUGCAAUUAUCUCCCAUCACUCCUUUUUCUCUUUUUUCCCCCCUCCUUCUUUUCUUCCCCACUCUCUGGUUGUUUCUCAGCUGUUAAAAAUAGCCUUCCACAGACACCCUGACAGCAUCUAAUAUUAUUAUGGGAUACGGAUAAUGAACAGGCUUAUGAGUUCUCCACAAUGGCCGCUGCACUCGGGGAUGUCAGGAGACAACAGAAGACUCAAAAGAGGGAGAGGGAGAGGAGCAGAUGAUAAUAGAGAUAAUGGUGAUAAAAAUACUGUCACUGUGCAUUCACACUCCUCAAAACGUGCCCCAUCCCCUUUCUCAACUCUCAUUGUUUUACUGUAGAGAGGAGGAACUGCCGUGCGGCUGAAUGACAUUCCUUCACAAUGGCUGACUUCAUAAAAAAAUGGGUUUAAGAGGGAAUUACAGGGGCUGGAAAUUGAAGAGGAUGGGAUUUAUCUGCAGUGCUUGCACAGCUGAAAAAAAGAGAAAAGAGGAAAAGUUACAUCUGGAAUCCAUGUCUGGAUAUUAAAUAUCAAUCACUCAGACACCCCUCCAGAAUUUCAUAUAUACACCAAUGCCAAGCUGUAAUUAGGGCUCCCCCCUUCUCCCCACUUUCUGUCAAAUCAUGUGUUCUGAAUAGAGCGUGUUGCUGGGGCUGGCAGACUACAGCAGGGGAAAAAGAGACAGAAGAGGGAGGGAACGAAAAAGGGAGGAACAUGGAGAGAGAGAGAGAAGCAGGGUAGGAGGGGGGUGAGUGAGUGCUACAGCAGUGAGAGCAGCGAAGCAAGACAAAUCCAGUGGAGGAACCCCCCCUCCAGUCAGAUGAACAUCGCUGCCUCGCUCCCUCCUCCUCCUUCUCCUCCUCCUCCUCCUCCUCCUCCUCCUGUCUCCAUCGCUGUUUUUUUCCCCUCCUCCCUUCCUUGCUUCUUCUCCAUUAUUCAUCAGUACGCCGAGAGUCCCGGGCUCACGGCUCCAGCUGCUGCUCGCUGCUCCAGCCGAUCCACCGAGCCCGCUGGAUCUCCUGCUUGCCUAGCCUGGCUACAGCAUCAGCUUUCCCCCCUUUCAACACACACAUCCAUCUAUCCCUCCAUCCCCAGGCAUGGAGACUCAGAGCUGGCCCUUUUCUGCUGCUGAGAGGGAGAGUGAGCCAUCAUCAAGCUGCUCUCUUAGCUGCUGAGAAGAGAAACACAAGAGGGGAAGAGAGGGGAUUUUUCUUUUUGUCCUUUUUGGCGUUGAAAGAAUCCUGUUCGUCUGCCUCUAUUUUUUUCUAUUGGAUUACAGUUCUGGCUUUGUGUAGGAACGAGAAAACGGGGUCCAAAAUGCCUGAAGCCAAUUACCUGCUGUCGGUGUCUUGGGGUUACAUUAAGUUCAAGAGAAUGUUGAAUCGGGAGUUGACGCACCUAUCUGAGAUGAGUCGGUCUGGAAAUCAGGUUUCCGAAUUCAUCUCCAACACCUUUCUAGACAAACAGAAUGAGGUGGAGAUCCCGUCGCCAACCUCCAAGACACGAGAGAAGAAGAAGCAGCAGAAGCAGCAGCUGAUGACACAGAUCAGCGGGGUCAAGAAGGUCUCCCACGGGCCCUCACUCUCUAGCAGCAGCAUCUCUCGAUUCGGUGUCAAGACCGAUAAGGAGGAGCUGCUGUCCAAGGAGCUGGAGGAUCUGAACAAGUGGGGUCUGAACAUCUUCACUGUUUCAGAGUACUCCAACAACCGACCUCUUACCUGCAUUAUGUACGCCAUCUUCCAGGAGCGAGACCUGUUAAAGACAUUUAAGAUCCCGGUGGAUACGUUCGUGGCCUACAUGAUGACUUUGGAAGACCACUACCAUUCAGAUGUGGCCUACCAUAACAGCCUACAUGCUGCUGACGUAGCCCAGUCCACCCACAUCCUCCUCUCAACUCCAGCCCUGGAUGCGGUCUUCACAGAUCUUGAGAUCCUAGCAGCCAUCUUUGCUGCAGCUAUCCAUGAUGUUGACCAUCCUGGAGUUUCAAAUCAAUUCCUAAUCAAUACCAACUCUGAGCUAGCGUUGAUGUACAAUGACGAGUCUGUGCUGGAGAACCAUCACUUGGCGGUGGGAUUCAAACUACUACAGGAAGACAAUUGUGAUAUCUUCCAGAACCUCACUAAGAAGCAGAGACAGUCCCUGCGCAAGAUGGUCAUCGACAUGGUUUUGGCAACUGACAUGUCCAAACACAUGAGUCUGCUGGCUGAUCUGAAGACCAUGGUGGAGACCAAGAAGGUGACGAGCUCUGGGGUGCUGCUGCUGGACAAUUACACCGACAGGAUACAGGUGCUGCGUAACAUGGUGCACUGUGCUGACCUGAGUAACCCCACUAAGUCCCUGGAGCUGUAUCGUCAGUGGACCGAUCGGAUAAUGGAGGAGUUCUUCCACCAGGGAGACAGAGAGAGGGAGAGGGGGAUGGAGAUCAGCCCCAUGUGUGACAAACACACAGCCUCGGUGGAAAAGAGCCAGGUGGGUUUCAUCGACUACAUCGUGCACCCUCUUUGGGAGACUUGGGCUGAUCUGGUCCAUCCAGACGCCCAGGACAUUCUGGACACGCUGGAGGACAACAGGAACUGGUACCAGAGCAUGAUCCCCCAGAGUCCCUCCCCUCCCUUCUACGACCAGGGCACGCAUGGACACAGCGGAGGCACCGGAGGGCAGGGAGGCGGGGAGAAAUUUCAGUUUGAGCUGACCUUGGAGGAGGAGGACUUGGAUGGAAUAGAGAAAGACGGCGAAGGGGAGGAGGAAGAGGAGGAGGAGGAAGAGGAAGAGUUAGAAGAAGAGGAAGAUAGCCUAGGAGAAUAUCGAUCUCCUCCCCUGGACUAUUUGGACGGUCAGGAGCACGAGGAGGGCAGCAUGAUGGAGCCCACGACAGCAAUAGAAAUCGUGACACACGAGGCAUCACCCACAGAUACAUAGGGCUUCCGUCAUCAGGCUCACAUGGUGAUUUGAAAGUUUUUGGAAAAAAGAGGGAAAAUCCUCUUGCAGCUGUGCUUUUUAAUAAGCCCACAGAAGCAAGGGCUUAGUUUUGGGCCCGCAACAGGGGCGUCUUGCACUUGGGUGUUUGAAGCCAGACAUGGACGGACAGUUUCAGUGCAGCGGCUUCAGAGUUCUCAGGAAAUAAUUACUGCGAACAUUUUAGUCUUGGUGGACAGACGAGACUGGGGGUGGAACUUGAAGGAUUUCGGCCAGUUUGGGAAAUGGUUACUUUUCUUUUCUGGACUGGCAUUAAAUGGACAUUGACACUACUGAGAGAAGUUUUGUACCUUAAGACUUUUUUACAGAUAUGAUAUGAUCUAGAAGUAGCAUAGAGUAAGAUCUACUGAUGGAGACACGUUUGUAUAGCAAGAGAAAGUGUUUACUUUUUUCCUGUACCAUUUGUCAAAGGACUUUUGUGUGCCUUUUUUACUAUUGUCUUUAUAAUAGUUUUUUAUUUAUUGAACACUCUAGUAGGUCUGUGAAAUGUUUUUUUUUUCUUAUCUGAAAGAGCAAAACCUUUUUUGUAUGUUUAAAAGAGAACAGUCUUCCAUGUAUUGGGCAAUAGAGAAAUCCAAACAAACGUCGACAAACAACUUUUGGACAAACUCAUCGAAAUAGGGAAACAUGAAAACCCACAUUCUACGCACAUUUUUAUCACAUUUGUUUUUCAAUCUGAGCACAACGGUUUUCUUUACAGUCAGAAUUCAAACGCUUAUGUCCAUUCAUUGUUCAUGCUACAGUUAGCUUGUUGCUUUCUAUAUCCAAUGUCAGUCAAUGAAUGUCAUGGUCACACUGAAAUACAUCACAUCUGUUUUCUAUAAACUGUAUCUACUUCAUCCAUUUUUCUUUGGAACAGUCUGUAGACCAUUGGGGCUUCCUAUCUUUUCACACCAAAACUUGACUUUUAAUGCAAAACACUCAAAGGGGAUGUUAUAUCCUUCACUUGCAAAUAUACGGUCAGGUAUUCCUGCUAAAUUUUUCAGUGUAAAAAUUACAAUUUUGUCUUUUCGUGUUUGCAGUUGUUGUCGUGUUGGUGUGAAAUUGAAGUUAGCCCAUUUCAAACCAUCAUAACCCCACAACCUACCACCAGACAGAGUAAGCAGAAAUACAAAACAAACAGCUCAUGACAACAAGCUGCUUAGAUGCAUGAUGAAAUCAGAAAUGAAGUCUGCCAAGGACAAAAUGCACAACAGCGCUGAAUCUAUUUUAGCCCACAGGUAUGCUGCAGUCUUAAUAAUCCUGUUAGUUGGAACAGGUCCUGACCCCAGACCCAUCUGAUGUAACCCCACCCCACUCCUCCCUGCCCCUUUGCAAUCAGGCCCAGACCAGAUGAUUAAAGGUGCUCUUACAGCUGCGUGUCUGAAAGGCGCUCUCAGACCCUCAUCAGCACCACUAUUCACAUGGUUUACAAACCCCUCUGGGCUCCACGGACACGACCCCAAAACAAUCAGGCCGGCUAUUUCUUCCUCGCGAUAAAAAUCCCUCAAGUGCUGCUUCUGCUCAUUGACGUCAAUUGAAAUUUUUUUUUCCCCCUCCUCGCCCCCCCUUCCACUGUAUCAGGUUUCCAGGACGGUCGGGUCAUUAGGAUUUGGCACAGAUGGAAUUGCUGGAAUCAGCAUGGCGUACUGUACCCUUUGGAAAAAGGAGGAAUAAUUAGGUGCUCUAGUUUUAAAACAAAACCAAAAAAUGUCUCUUUUUUUUUCUUCACUUAAUGCAUUUGGGAAGAUGGGUUGAAAAUGGUUUGCAGACCUCACAUUUCUAUUCCUGUGGCUUCCACGACAGAAAUUCUCUGGAUGUUCUGGUAAUCACGUCUCUCCAUUCUCAUAUUAGUUUACUGAUAUACUCAAAAGGUACUUCAUCUAAUUUCACUCCAGCAUGCUUAAGUGGCAAUCGUCUGUGUGUGCAGUUUGUACGUACGCAAGGUUUUUGUAUGCGUGUGUGUGUUACUGUAUGUGUGUUUGGAUGUGCUGACUUUGUCAUCAGGCCUUACCCCCUAUCACUCCACACCUUUGUCGCUACUGUUUGUCGCUAGGAGCUCAAGUUGGUCCUUUUUGCUGUUUAUAACAGUGUGUAUUUAUUCUAUACUUUAAGCUUGUAAAUAAGAAAUACUGGUUCAGUGUAAAAUCUAUUUUAAUUUAUAUGCACUUGCAUUACCUGGAAGUGGUGGUGUCUAAUGUGUAGAAGACUCUGGAUUAGAGUCUUUUUAUAUAUGUAUUAUAUAUUGUUUUUUUUAUAUAUAAAUAUAUAUAAAUAUAUCUAAGUAUAUAUUCGCACAAUGUUUUGAGUGCCCAGCAGAGCAGCAGCUAAAGAGACAUGUUGUUGUCACAUGAGAACCUUGUAACUCUAAAACAGCUUCUUUUUUUCUUUUUUUUUUUUACAUAAAUAGUUCAAAUUGUCUUUUAAUGUCAUAUCACAGACAAGAAAAUGAAAAACUUUAUAUCAAUCUUAUGCAUGAAUAUUAAACCAAAAAUGUUAUCACUGGCAUCAUUUUGAAAUCUCAAUUAAUAUCAUUGGUAUUUUUUCAUAUUUCCAAAAAUUAAAGUUUCUAUCUUAAAUUUUAGCUCAGUUAUAUUUCUUAAAAGUAGCCAGAAUUUGAAUGUCUUCAUUUUGAUUCUUAGAUCAUUUUUCUGAUGAAAAACGAUUCUGGACCAAUCAAGUUUUUGAAGGUGCAAGGUUUUCAUUUGACAGCAGCAAUUUGGUAACCCAGAGGCGACAUAGUGGACAUGUUAAACUGCAUAGGCUUGGAUAUAAGAUAGGCUACAUGAAAGCUAGCUAAGGAACACAGAAGCUUAGUCAGUGCUCAGUAUCACAGUACACAAAUAGCUUAUUUUCUCUCAGCGGCUUGUCACAACCGAAGCUUCUCCAUCCAGCAUUUGAAUGCAGAUUGCUGAUAUAUGAGGCCAGACAGAGGUUCGACUGACAAACACAAAGCGAUUGUCUCCUUUUACACUUAACGCACUUCAUGUAAAAGUAGAUAAGACGGGGACGGUAUUGGUAGCAUGCUACAAUACGCCCGGCACUGACGUGAAUCGUUCUGAAUUAACAACAAAACAUGAUCUUAUGUAACUGAUUGUGCUAAUGUGUGAACUCUGACCAAACUUGUUAGCAGUUUUGAAAUUCAAAUUUGUCAGUAUUAACAUUGUUUAUCUAUGUUCAAGCUUUUUUGGUCCUAGUUGUGUCCAAAUGGUUAGCCAGAUUUAGCACUAUCUGCAUGAGAGAUGGGUUUUUCAAUUGUCAAUAAUAUGUUCAAGUCCGCCAGUUAUUGCAGGUGGGUUAUUAAAUGUUUCACACAAUGUAUGGUAUUAUAUUGUAUAUUGUGUUCAAAAAUAAAUCUGAAAUACUUUUUCUAUGAAGUGAUUAAAAGCAAAGCAUGAAUAUAUUA